AUGAAAGAGAAUGUACAGCCAAGGGCUAAGCCAACGAGGCGCUUGCAGAUGCCCUGGGCCGCGUUUUGCUUUAAUCGCCGGACUUCGUCGUACCCGUUGCUUGGAGACCGUAAAUCCCCUCGUGGAGGCGUCGCCAGCCGCCGUAUCCUUGAGUGUCUUCAAGAGCAACUUCCAACAAUCGUUGAACCCGAUUUAAUAUUCGCUCAAGACAAUGCUUCCACGCAUUCAGCUCGUCUAGUGCAAGAUUGGCUGCGUUCUUGGGCGAUUGGUAACGGUCUUGAGAUUGUGGAUUGGUCACCAUAUUCGCCUGACUUAAAUCCAAUUGAAAAUCCAUGGAAGUCGUUGAAAGAGGGUAUUUGUAAGCUAUAUUCGGAACUAUCAGUGGCUCCGAAGAAUAAUUCCACCUUACAGAGGCUUUGUGAGGCUGCGAUAGAGGUCUGGGAAGAGUUAUCUGAUGAGCUGCUCGAGAACCUAAUAGAAUCGAUGCCUCGCAGACUUGACGCUGUCAUAGCCGCAAGUGGCUGGUAUACAAAGUAUUGA